GCAGGGAGCGUGCGUGUUUUUCCCAGGGUGUUCCGUGCUUCCGUCUCCGCAUGCCGGUUUCCUCACGUGGGGUUGUAAGGUCGCAGGUGUAUCCACAGAGCAGUUGCCGCCAGACUUCGGCGUCUUUGCGCUUUCCUCCUUUCCUGUCUUUUGUUGACUCCUGUAUAACCCUCGUAGGAACCCAUUUUGGCUGCAGCGGUGUCCGGGGUGAUGUGGACCCCGGAGCUGGCAGUUUUGAGGGGCUUCCCUACUGAGACAGAGCGGCAGCAUUGGAAGCAGGAGGGAGUAGCAGGCUCAGAGAGUGGCUCUUUCCUACAGUUGCUGCUACAAGGGAACUAUGAGGCUAUACUCUUAAAUUCAUUGACUCAGAAUAUUUUAAAUUCAACAAUGAUGGCUGAAGAAAAGAUUGACAGCUACCUAGAGAAGCAGAUAGUAACAUUCCUGGAUUACCCAACAGAUGUGGACAAAACUGAAAGACAACAGCUGAUAUUCCUAAUUGGGGUGAGCUGUUUGCAACUCUUUGUUCAGAGUAACUGGACGGGGCCCCUCACUGAUUUACACCCUCAGAACUUUUUACCAUCUGCUUUGUUCCAGCAAUUCAGUGAGGUCAAAGGCCUGGAUGCAGUUGUUCUGAAUCUGCUCGUUAUGGAUGGUGAAUCAGUCUAUAGCCUGACCUUGAGGCCUAUACUGCUGUUAAUUGCACGGGUUAUCCUAGUGAAUGUAAGACAUAAACUGACAGACAUACAGAGCUUGCCCUGGUGGACUUUGAGGUGUGUGAAUAUUCAUCAGCACUUGCUCGAGGAACGCUCACCUCAGCUGUUUGCUCUGGCUGAAGACUCUAUUGAUCAAGUGAUGAAACUAGAGAAUCUAUUUAUUGAUGAUUCUGGCAAAUAUUUGGCUAUUCAAUUCCAUCUGGAAUGUGCUUACGUAUUUUUAUAUUACUAUGAAUAUAAAAAAGCAAAAGAUCAGUUUGACAUUGCUAAAGACAUCAGCAAAUUACAAAUUAAUUUAACAGGUGCUUUGGGAAAAAGGACACAGUUCCAGGAAAAUUAUGUGGCACAACUUAUUCUAGAUGUAAGAAGGGGAGAGGAUGUCUUUUCAGAUUGUGAGUUCAGCCCAGCACCCACUCCUCAGGAACAUUUAACCAAGAAUCUUGAGCUCAAUGAUGAUACCAUUCUAAAUGAGAUAAAGUUAGCAGAUUGUGAGCAAUUUCAGAUGCCCAACCUCUGUGCUGAAGAACUUGCUGUUAUCCUUGGAAUCUGCACAAAUUUCCAAAAGAAUAACCCAGUGCAUAAGCUAACUGAAGAGGAGCUGCUGGCAUUUACAUCAGCUCUUGCAGACCAAUUUGAAGAUAAGACUACAUCUGUAUUGGAACGUCUGAAGAUUUUCUACUGCUGUCAUGUACCACCUCAUUGGGCCAUUCAGCGCCAACUUGGAAGUUUUCUCUUUGAGUUGGGAUGUACCAGUUCAGCCCUUCAGAUAUUUGAGAAGCUGGAAAUGUGGGAAGAUGUUGUCAUUUGUUAUGAAAGAGCUGGGCAGCAUGGGAAGGCAGAAGAAAUCCUUAGGCAAGAACUGAAGAAAAAAGAGACGCCAAGUUUAUACUGCUUGCUUGGAGAUGUCCUUCGAGACCACUCUUACUAUGACAAGGCCUGGGAGUUGUCCCAGCACCGCAGUGGUCGCGCUCAGCGCUCCAAAGGCCUCCUUCAUCUGCGCAACAAGGAGUUUAAAGAAUGCGUGGAGUGCUUUGAGCGCUCAGUGAAGAUUAAUCCCAUGCAGCUUGGAGUAUGGUUUUCCCUUGGCUGUGCCUAUUUGGCCUUGGAAGACUAUGGAGGUUCAGCGAAGGCUUUUCAGCGUUGUGUGACUCUAGAACCUGAUUUGACCUUUAAUAGAGCAAAAGCUUUUAGAACUUUACAAGAAGCCCUCAAGUGCAACUAUGAACACUGGCAGAUCUGGGAAAACUAUAUUCUCACUAGCACAGAUGUUGGGGAAUUUUCAGAAGCCAUUAAAGCUUAUCAUCGGCUCUUGGACUUACGAGAAAAAUACAAAGAUGUUCAGGUUCUUAGAAUUCUGGUGAGGGCAGUGAUUGAUGAGAUGACUGAUCGGAGCGGAGGUAAUGCAACCAGCCUCAAAGGAAAGCUGCAGGAGUUACUUGGUAGAGUAACUUCAAGAGUGACAAAUGAUGGAGAAAUCUGGAGGCUGUAUGCACAACUAUAUGGAAAUGGGCAGAGUGAAAAGCCAGAUGAAAAUGAAAAGGCAUUCCAGUAUCUCUCUAAGGCAUACAAGUGUGACACACAGUCCAGUUGCUGGGAUAAAGACAUUACAUCAUUUAAGGAAGUGGUUCAGAAAGCCUUAGGACUUGCACAUGUGGCUAUAAAAUGCAGUAGAAACAAAUCCAGUCCUCAAGAGGCUCAGCAAGCACUUUCUUCAGUUCGACUCAACUUGCAGGGCCUGUUAUCUAAAGCAAAGCAACUUUUUACAGAUGUGGCAAGUGGAGAAAUUUCCAUGGAGUUAGCUGAUGAAAUAGCAACGAUAGACACCUUAGUAAUAGAGCUCCGAGACCUACACAACCAGUUUCUAAAUCAGUAUUGACCAUUGUGGGAACAGCUUCUCAAAAAGGUGCUUUCACCUUCUGGAAUUUCUCUUAUACUUGUGUAUCUGAAACACAAAAUACAGCUUUUUAAAUGAA